AUGGGGACCAGUGCCAAGGAUAAGAUUGCGUACGAAGCGCUGAUGUCAGAGGAUUCGAGAUACUUCCAGGACCAGCAAGCUCAGACGGAGCACAUCGGAAGAAGAACAUCAAUGUUGUCUGCACACUUGAACGAGACGAAGCCGACAUACGAUGUGAUGGCCUUCCAGGUCUCAAGCCUCAUGGAGUCCCUGAACAAGACUCCAAAGAAGGCGACAAAUUUGCAGGAGAUGAAGGUCCACAUUAUGGGCCUCCGCAGGCUACUGGACAAGGAGGGGGCAGCUCACAUGCACAAGCUUGAGGCCGUGCAGAAGAAUUUGAAAGAAGUCAAGCAGCAAACCGACAAGGCCGCCGGGUCGUCCAUCUCGAAGAUAGUCGACCAAACUUCUGUGCUCGAGAAGAGCGCUUCAAUACGGGGAAUGCUGAAGGUCUUGGAUGCUGGUGGUUCUUCUAGUGGCCACGGUGACAAUUGGCGUACUGAUGUGGAACAGGAUGAGAUACUACGAGAAGAAGCAUUUCAUCUGAGUCUGCCCACAAACAAGAUGUCGAAGGCAGGGCUAGGACAUUGA